CGUUUUAUAAACAAAAGACAAGAAUGAGUUCUGCGUGAAGUUCAUUUGCGUUAUUUUAAACAUUAAUUAAAAAUACACAAAUUAUAAAAGUCAACGAGUUAGUAGUACACUUGAUUAUUAACAUGAUCUGAUAGUAUUUGUAGAUAAAUAGUAUUUCGGAGUACAUCACUCUAAAGGUUGCAAAUACAAAUUUACCAUUACAGUAUUAUAAUUUUAAAAAAUAUUACAUGAUCAUGUGUUAAAAGUGUAAUAAACUAAAUACUAAAUAUUAAGUAAAUUUAUAACAUACUUAUAUAGAAAGAUGGGAGUUGGUAAAAGUCAAUUUACAGAAGAAGAAUUGCAGGAUUAUCAAGAUUUAACAUAUUUUACGAAAAAGGAAGUUUUGCAUGCACAUCAAAAGUUCAAAGCUCUUGCUCCAGAAAAAGUAGGUCACAAUAGAAAUGCAAAACUUCCAAUGUCAAAAAUUUUACAGUAUCCUGAAUUAAGAGCAAACCCGUUUGGAGAUAGAAUUUGCAAAGUUUUUAGUUCUAGCCAAGAUGGAGAUUGUACUUUCGAAGAUUUUCUUGAUAUGAUGUCAGUUUUCAGUGAUGCAGCUCCAAAAGCUGUUAAGGCAGAACAUGCUUUUAGAAUAUUUGAUUUUGAUGGGGACGAUAUGCUUGGUAUCGGCGAUUUAAGACAAGUGGUAGACAGACUUACUAUUCCUCAAAGACUAAAUGAAACAAAUAUGCAGCAGGUCCUUCAGUAUAUACUCGACGAAGCAGAUUUAGACGAUGAUGGAGCACUAAGUUUUGCAGAAUUUGAACAUAUUAUUGAAAAGAGCAGUGACUUUUCUAAGAGUUUUUGUAUACGUUUAUGAAACAGAAAACAUUAAUACUUCAUACAAAAAGUCAAUCUAAGAUUGUACAUCGUACCAAUUUAAAAACACUUCAUGUAGUUAAUAGGCCUAAUUAUUUAUACUAUAUACUUAACGAAGAACUUUGUAAGUUAAAAAUUGUAUAAAUCUUUUGUUGAGAUUUACCUGUGAUAUUAUUUGAAAAUAAUUUUUUUAUAUUUCAUGUAUAUAAUUCUAUUAAGAGUUUGUUUAUAUUAAACAAAGUAUAAUAUUACACUUUUAUUCCAAGACUUUUGUUUUAAAUUAUGUAAUUAUUUGAAAUGCAUUAAUAGUAAUAUAAUAACCUAUGGAUUAAAGUUUUUACCGGAGAGUAACCAUCUCUGUUUUUACUAAAUAUAUAUACAGGAUGUUAUGUAAAGAAUGUGAGCUGUGAAAGGGUAAUUACUGAGGUGAUUCUGAACAACUUUAUCUUUUGUCAAAAUGUUGAUUAAGCCUUAACUUUUAAAUUAUUAACUAAAAGGACUCUCCAUUGAAAGCGCGGACUAAACCGUGAGCAUUGGUCAUUGACUGCUUAAAUGACAUGUCAUUCAGUUCAAAUCAUUGCAUACCGGUUAUAAAAUAUUUACUAUUCCAAUAUUCGACGUCAUUAUUAAUUAUGUGAUGCAUAAUGUUAUAAAAACUGGUUACACGCUUGUUAUUACAGUAUCAAAAGAUACAAUCUUGUAACACGUUAUACAAAUAUAUUGCACAACAAAGUUAUAAAAUAAUUAUUUGUUUUACGAUUCUGUUAUAUGUAUAGCGUAGAUGUAGCUUAAAACGCGUAUCUUCAUAGCAUGUGUAAUAAAUAUCAACAAUACGAAAGUAAGCAUUUAUUUACCACAAUUUUUAAUUUUAGUGAGCAAGGAUUAGCGAAAUUUUAAAUUUCAAUAACUUGAACUACAUUAGAUUAAGUAAUAACAUUUAUAACAUAACAAAAACACAGAACCAAACUGUAAUUCAUAUUGACUGUAUUAGUAGAAAUAUAUUAAUAGUAAAAUUAUCAAAAUGCAUGCCAUUAACACCAAUAAUAUCAUAUAAAAUCAGAUCACAAAUUUUGUAGAAUAAAGUUUAAUAAGGAUCAUAAUACAGUGUGAUU